CAUUUUACUUAGUAAGGCAUUAGCGAAAGGGUUCCAAGCACCAAGUAACCUCAUAACCCAGACAACCGCAAUUAAAGAUGAUCAUCGUAAUUGAAGAUAAGGCUGCUUUUGAUAAAGCCCUGCAGGAUGCAGGGGACAAACUGGUAGUGGUGGACUUCACGGCCACAUGGUGCGGUCCCUGCCAAGCUAUCGGUCCCAUCUUCAAAGCCUUGUCUGACAGCGCUGAAUUUAAAAAUGUAGUGUUUCUGAAGGUGGACGUGGAUGACGCACAGGACGUGGCCUCUGCUUGUGAUAUCAAAUGCAUGCCGACAUUCCACUUUUAUAAGAACAGCAAAAAGGUUGAAGAAUUUUCAGGGGCCAACAGGGAAAAGUUGGAACAGAAGAUUAAAGAGCACUGUGCUUAACUGAAUUGACAACACACAGACACACACACAUACACUCACACAUACACCAAAAGAUGGAUGACAACCAUGUGUGAUACAUUGUUAUACAUAAAUAAAAAAAGUUUUAAUCCUUAAACAUUCCAUUUUUUUUUUGGUAUUUUGACUAAGUUUUAUUAAUAAUCCCUUACAUUUAAUUCCCAUCUCCAUUGUGUCGUCUGAAUUGAGACUGUUUUGAAAUCUGUUUUUCUAUAUCGGCAUGUUAAAGUGGAUAUAGUAUAUGUUAACUUUUUAAAAUAAGUUAAUAAACACAGUAGAAAAGGUUC